UUUGGUCUGAUAUAUGGCCACACCUUGAAUGGAGGCGCGUUGGCAGUGCAGAAUCGUAUGCACACCAUGCAUGAUCCACAGUCCAUCACAAGAUGUGAUCCCACGAACCCGUCUCUGACCAUUUGAUACGAUGCAAAAAGUGCCGAAUGGGCCGCCGCAAUAUACUUGCUGUGAAUCAGCGUCACUCACACGCCAUGAUACUUCCGCUAGAUGUCAAUAUAAAAGAUUCAUCGAAGGAUCUCUCACCUCCAUGAGUUCCAUCAUCGUAUCCUCUGUUCCAGGACUUUCGCACUUGGUCGAAUGCAUCGUACGAGCAAACGUGGUAGGACCUCAGAAGGGAGCUAUUUGGCUAAACUGCAUCCAUGGGCCGCAAAGCUUAACACUCGACAUUUGGCGGGAAUCACACUAGCGCAAGUCCUUCGUGGAGGAACAUGCAGCCCCAUAAGCUUCGAGGAUUUCGAGCUCUACCUUGCUUUUAGGGAACAUUCCUUGGCAAAUCUUCAAUUUGUUGCGUGGUAUCAAGACUAUCGACGACGUUUCUCUGCACUGGAUCGCAGAUCGUCACUCAGGUAUCGAGAUGGCUCAGAAUCUAUCUCGUCACUUACAUCUUUGUCGUCGCUGCUAUCCAAUAUCAGUCAUUCCAAACACGAUCAUGUCCACUCGGAGCCUUGCAACCCUAUAUCAUUUUCACCUUCGAAGGAUCCUGAUAAACCCCUUCUAAUGCCAACACCUGUCUAUCUUCCACCUGUUCCCCUAUCAUCUUCUCCAGCUAGUAACGAUCGGGCUUUGCGGGAUGAAUGCAUGAAUGUCAUAUCAACGUUUCUGACACCUGAUGCACCCAAAGCGCUUCUGCUUGAUCCUGGACUCCGUGAUGAAGUAGUGAGAAAGCUGGCGACUAACUGCGACCCUGAUACAUUGAAACCCGUAUAUGAAGCAGUAUACUUUUACUUGGAUCGGAUAGCUCUUCCUCGAUUUUUGGCGAACUCAACACCGAAUAUCAACCUACCGAAGCAGAUUCUCUUCUACAGUCUAGGCGUCCUCUACAUCAUUGCUGCUGUUAUCAUCGCCAUCACGCUUAUUUUGUUCGUACCGGUACCUCCUCAAAACAACCGUGCAUGGCGUCUACUAGCCUUCUUUCCCAUUCGCGUUAGGCACAUCAGCGAUAUGUGCCGCAUGGCACGGCUUUUGCUCCCAACUAUGGUAUAGGCAAUCCGUGCAGCUCCACUCAUGGGAGCUCCAAGCUCCAAGCGCCAAGUCCCUUGCGUACGUGAAUUCCUUACGAGAACCAGUGGACAUGAGGAGAUGCGUGGGAUUGGUUUGCAAUUCUACUGACGGGACCUACGGACGGGGUAGCCUUCCCGUCUACAUCUUUCGAUCAGAGGAGCCGCCAAUAGAAACACAACUGCGGGGUGAUGCUCCCACCACACUUGGGAUCACCAGACCACCCGUGUUUGGACCAGAAAAGGUUGUAAAGGACCCACGCAUCUUGGCAGUGCAUCGCCAGAUGAUGCAGAAUUGUGUUAUUGUGGGAUUGGGGGCUU